UCGUGCUUCUGACGUUCUGACACAAGCAGCCGACAAAACCCAGUUGCUGUACAUACUUAAUCGUCAACGAAUGUUUUGUUAGGUUAAAUUAUAUAAAUUGUGCAUUUACACUGUCGAAAAUACAAUAAUGUUGGGGAAAAUCAAAACAAAGCAAGAGAAAGGAGAAAUUGUUGCUUACAGCGAAGCAGCUGUUGUAAAUAAUGCUGCUGUUGUAGAAUAUUGUAGGAUAUCUAUGGCAGCUUUAUCAGGCGGUACAGCUGGUUUAUUAGGUUUAACAGGUUUAUACGGUUUUGGAUUCUACAUUUUUGCAGUAUUUGGAUUAUGGGCAAUGUUAUUGCUAAAAGCUGGGGGUCAAUGGAAGAAAUAUUUUAUAAGCAGACGAAAUCUUUUAACCAGUGGAUUUUUUGGAGGACUAUUUACAUACGUGUUAUUUUGGACAUUUUUAUAUGGUAUGGUACACGUCUACUGAUCCAAAGGACGCUUAGUUUUAAGAAUUUAUAUUUUUUAACUAAAUAGGUGCGUCGUUAAUAAAUUAAAUAUAUCACAAGCAAUUCGCGAAUUACUAGCCAGAGUAAUGACACUGUCGAGAGAGAGCACAGCGUGAUGCGUUGUAUAUGUGUGUACAUAGGAUAAAUUCUCUUUCAAAAAUAUAUCUGUUCCACCGUUCCAUCUGUCCAAUCUUGUUCAUUAUUACAUCCUAUUCGAACUGUGAACACCAAAUCGUUACAAGUUACGCGUGUACAAGUAAAAAUAAACUUUAAAAUUGUUUAAUCGA